UUCUCAGAAAAAUAAGCACAUAUACAAAUUUGCAGACAAUUGCAGGUGGUGUAGAACCACAAAUUAAGAAUCUCUCAAACUUUAGGGAAAUAAAACUUACCUAUUUUAAAGGGUGUAUUGUUUUAGUAUAUUUCGAAUGAUUCAAUUUACACAAAGCUUUCCAUGAGCUACUUCGUGUUGUGUACUGGACAUCUCAAUAAGGGCUCAGAAUGUGAAAUUAGGUUUACAAAAAGUUGCAAAAAUAGUAUAGAGUACCCCUAUGUUCUUAAGAAUCCCUUAAAGUUAACAUCUUACAUAACCGUAGUACAAUUAUCAAAACUAUUGAUACAAUAAUAUUAUUACUUGAUACACCUUGUUCAAAUUUCGUCAGUUGUCCCAUUCACGUCCUUUUUCUGUUCCAGGGUCCAAUCCAGGAUUUCACUUUGCGUUUAGUUGUCCUGGACUUGGCUUUUUUUUUUUCUUCUUCUUCUUUUUUUAAUCCAAAAGGGCUAUGUGUUCUUGGGCAAAUUAAUGUCCGAGUCUGUCUUCUGUCUUAAUAGACGUGAUGUGAUUAAGAAUCAAAAAAAAAAAAUACAUGUGGAAUGUUUUCGGAAACUUCAAAGGUAACGAAAUUGUUCUUACUGCUCAAAGCUGGGCAUAUCUAGUGUGGCCUUUCGUUCAAAUUAAAACAAAAAUAAAAAUAGAAGCGUAUUAUUAUUGUCAAGAUGUUUGUCCCCAAGUAGGACCCGUAGCUUCUCCCUUGGCCGCCAGGAUACGCUUCCUCUAAUUGGGCAGCGUGUAUCCGCGCUGACGCAGGAAGGCCGCCUCAUUGGUCCGCGCAGUCGAGACUCAGGCGGCUUUUCUCUUAGCGCUCAAGGCGCCGAUCCAUUUCUCUUUCUCCAGCCGAGCGCUCCCUUCCUUCCGAAGUGCCAGCCUGAAGGGAUCCAGACUGAGGCACCAUGACGACCCUGGAUGAUAAGUUACUGGGGGAGAAGCUGCAGUACUACUACAGCAGCAGCGAGGAUGAAGACAGCGACCACGAGGACAAGGACAGAGGCAGGGGUGCCCUGGCCGGCAGUUCCAUGCCUGCAGAUGCUGAGUUGGCAGGCGAAGGCAUCUCAGUUAACACAGGUCCAAAAGGCGUGAUCAAUGACUGGCGCCGCUUCAAACAGCUGGAGACGGAGCAGCGGGAGGAGCAGUGCCGGGAGAUGGAGAAGCUGAUCAAGAAGCUGUCCAUGAGCUGCAGGUCCCAUGUGGACGAAGAGGAGGAGCAGCGGAAGCAGAAGGACCUCCAGGAGAAGAUCAGUGGGAAGAUGACUCUGAAGGACUUUGCCAUGAUGAACGAGGACCAAGACGACGAGGAGUUCCUGCAGCGGUACCGGAAGCAGAGGAUGGAAGAGAUGCGGCAGCAGCUCCACCAGGGGCCCCAGUUCAAGCAGGUUUUUGAAAUCCCCAGUGGAGAAGGGUUUCUGGACAUGAUUGACAAAGAACAGAAGAGCACCCUCAUCAUGGUCCAUAUUUACGAGGACGGCAUCCCAGGGACCGAAGCCAUGAACGGUUGCAUGAUCUGCCUGGCCGCGGAGUACCCAGCCGUCAAGUUCUGCCGGGUGAAGAGCUCGGUGAUCGGGGCCAGCAGUCGCUUCACCAGGAACGCCCUUCCCGCCCUGCUCAUCUACAAGGGGGGCGAGCUGAUUGGCAACUUUGUCCGUGUCACUGACCAGCUGGGGGAAGAUUUCUUUGCGGUGGACCUUGAAGCUUUCCUCCAGGAGUUUGGAUUGCUUCCAGAAAAGGAAGUCUUGUUGGUAACCUCUGUGCGUAACUCAGCCACCUGCCACAGCGAGGAUAGCGAUUUGGAAAUAGAUUGAAUGGCUGGGCUGGUGGCAUAAAUUUCUCAUUGUUUGGGCUGGAAGACACACGUCCUUGUGUUUAUUUUCGUUCUUUUCUGUGUCUUCUGGCUUUUCUGCUGUUCUUUGUAGUCCCUUUUAUGAUAUGUCAAGUCAAGAAAUUCUUCUAUCAAAUCAGAAUGCUGAAUCACCUUGUGGCUAUCCAUAAAGUGACCUAACAUUGUAUAAACAGGAAGCCAGGCUUUUGAACUGUUUACUUAAGAUUCUCUAGCAUGACAUCUCUGUUAUUGUUUCCAGUCAGUAUUUACAUAGCAUCCUGAAGACAGUGUCCUGGAAAUUGUCUUCAGAUGAUCUCAGAGGUCUCUGCCAGGUCCGGGAAUAUAAUUCUAUGGUUAGUGUGUUAUUUGCAACAUAAGUAAUACAUUUCCUUCAUCAAAUGAUUGUAAAUUAUAUUUACUUAUAAUCAGACUCAUAGUCUUAGAAGGCAGUUAAAUAUUUUCCCCCUAGACCGUAUUCUCUCCCAGGGUCUUGUUUAAAGGUUCCAGACCGUGUAUGUUUGCCCCAUCAAGAGGGGGGUGACCUUUGUCGCCAGAGUCGAUAUCCUGCUCAAGCAUUAUUAAGUCUACAGUAGGGGAAGGAUCGAGAUGGACUGCCCUCUUGAUGCUGAAAGACCAGCUUGGCUUGAAAAUUAGAGCUGAGAUAGAGCUGGGAAGCCUUUUUAAAGGAAGAUCUUUCAAUUAAGAUACCCCUGCUCGUCUUUUUCUCUGUUUCUUUUUUAUUUAACAAGGUAAUUUUUUGGUUUCAUGUAGCUUUUGUUAAAACUUUUUUGCAUAUUGGAAAAGUUAAUAUUCAAUAGAAUACAGAAAAUACAGAAGCAAAACUAAGAAAAUUAGAAUAAUCCUGCCACCUAGGGUAAAACACUAUUAAUAUUUUGGGAUAUUUUUCCAAGGUGUUUUCUUUGUGUACACAGACAUUUUGUUUGCUUAUUAAACAAAACAGUGGGAUCAUUCUGAACAUACUGUUUUAUAGUAUGGUCGGCUAAUAUAGCAAACGUUUUUCCAUGUUAUUAAACACUCUUUUACAACAUUUUAAAGUGGCUAUUUAUACCGUUGUAUAGGUGUGCUGUAAUUUGCUUGGUGGUGUUCUCUUGAAAACAGCAAAGACUUUUUAUUACAAAAGUAAUUGAUGUUCAUUGUAGAAAAUGUAACAAAAAUUGUUAAGCUAAAAAGAUUGAACAGCUUUGUAAUUCCACCAACCAAAAAUAAUCCCUGUUAAAUCAUUUUUACAGGUAUCUUUCUGGUCUUCUUUCUGUGUGUUUAUAAUAAUGAUUGUCUUUUGAGUUUUCUCCUCAUGUUUUUUACUUUAAAAUAUGUACAGUGUAGGGCCAGGGAAAAUGUAAUCUGUAAUUAAAUGUUAGCUUUAAAGUUCAGUUUUGCUUUUCCUGGCUAUUUAGGAAUUGACUAACUGUAGAAGGGUCAUGAUAGUAUCUCUUGUAGUUAAUCAACAAAAAGAAAGUGCAUGGUUUUUUAAUUAAAAAAAACUCAUUGUAGAAAGUGUGUGGAAAGUAUAGAAAAUUAUUAGAGGCAGAGACAACUGUUGUCAGCGUUUUUAUUUUCUUCCAGUUUUUUCAAUAUUUUUAAUACAUUGAGAGCUUUUUGAAUUUAGUUCUGUGUUUUGUUUAAUAUUAUAUCAAAUGCUUUGACAUGUUAUAAAAAUUCUAAAUAAAUAAUUUUUAACAGCC